UAUAAAUUCACAAUCAACAAUCCAACCCUCAUCAUCACUAACACAAUAAACUAUCUCCUUCUCUAAUCAAAAACCAAAAAGAAACAAAGAUGGAGAUCUCGAAAACCCUUUUGCUAGUUAUUUCCCUUGUAGCUGCAACUUGUUUCUUGCAGGCCAAGGCAGCCGGAGUUUACUGUAGCAACCCUUACACACGAUGUUACCGCAAGUACAUUCAAUGUCCAGGGGAAUGUCCAAGCACAACCGCCAUGAACUCCAAGAACAAAGUCUGCUACGCUGAUUGCGAUAGACCCACUUGCAAAUCCCAAUGCCGCAGUAAGCUUUUCAAUUCCUUGACGUAUAAGUUUCCACACUCUAUUUUGCAUAUUUCUCAAGUAAAUGAAUCAUAUGUUUUUUUUUGUAUAGUGAGGAAACCAAAUUGCAACAGACCAGGAUCAGCUUGUUAUGACCCGAGGUUCAUUGGAGGAGACGGCAUUGUGUUCUACUUCCAUGGAAAGAGCAACGAAGAGUUCAGCCUCGUCUCUGACUCUGACCUACAGAUCAAUGGUAGGUUCAUUGGUCACAGACCCGCUGGUCGUGCCAGAGACUUCACAUGGAUCCAAGCUCUCGGAUUCCUCUUCAACUCCCACAAAUUCUCUCUUGAAGCUGCUAAAUCCGCCUCAUGGGACAACGAAGUCGACCAUCUCAAAUUCACUUUCGAUGGCCAAGAGUUAUCUGUCCCAGAAGCAACUCUCUACACCUGGUACUCACCAAACAAGGACAUCAAGAUCGAGAGAGUGACUGUGAGAAACAGCGUGAUCGUGACAAUCAAAGACAAAGCUGAGAUCAUGGUCAAUGUCGUUCCAGUGACAAAAGAAGAAGACAGGAUCCACAGCUACAAAGUACCAUCAGAUGACUGUUUUGCACAUCUCGAAGUUCAGUUCAAAUUCUUCAACCUUUCACCAAACGUCGAUGGAAUCUUGGGACGUACCUACAAACCUGAUUUCCAGAAUCCAGCUAAGCCUGGAGUCGCAAUGCCAGUGGUUGGUGGUGAAGACAGCUUCAAGACAACGUCUCUCCUCUCCAAUGACUGCAAAACUUGCAUUUUCUCUGAAUCACAUGCAGAGAUUGAUACCGUCAAGUCAGAGAUUGAGUAUGCAACUUUGGAUUGUACUCGUGGAGCGUCUUCUGGAUACGGCAUCGUCUGCAGAAAGUAAAGAAAUCGUAUAAAAACAAAACUUGGCUUAAAAGAAGAAUAACG